CGACAGAGUGAGAGAGAGAGAGAGAGAAAGGGAGAGGAGGUGCAUGAUGAUGGAUCCCGUCCCACUGCUGCUCAUCAUAAUCAUAUCUUUGCCGUUGUGCUCGGCCGUCUACACCGGGCCCCUCCAACCGGAGAUCUCCAAUGGCACUUUCCAUCACUUCUUUAUCCCGGACGGGGAUUACGAUGAGACUGUAGACCCGGAGAACUGCCAGAUGCUGUUUAAAUUCUCGGACGUGUAUCCGUGUGGGGCCUCCGAAGAGAGGGACUCCGUCGUGAGGGACGACUUCAUCAUCACCAAGCUGCAGGCGGAGGACGCGGCGCGGCUGCUGGAAGGCAUCGGCCGGACCACGGCGCACGACCUGGAUGGAGAGGACGGCUACGGCGUGUUCCUCCAGCGGGAGCUCGCGCAGAUCGGCGAGGCUUUUUCAAGCGUGGACAAGUCGCUACUGGAGCUGGAAGUGAAGUUCAAACAAAGUCAAGAAACUGAGCUGAGAGAGGAGCAACAGCUGAACGGCAACGUGAUGAAGCAAGUUAGCGGCAUCCGGGAAACUCUGAGGGAAACCAGUGACGUCUCUCUGGGGCUGAAAGACAAACACGAGCUGCUGUCUCUCAUCAUCCGCAGUCACGGCUCCAGACUGAGCCGCCUGAAGACAGAGUAUCUUAACGUGGGCUCUUAGUGGGCUAUUGGGAGAGAGUGUGUGUGUGUGUGACUCUCCAGUUCAACAAACAGCUGGAAAGUGAAUUGUGGCUUAUGAAUAUCCUCCCUUGAAUACAUCUGACCUUGUAUCUACCUUCCAGUGGCUCUCCCCAUUCUUUGGACAUGUGUCGUUAAAGCAAGCUCGAACCCAAACACCCAGACAUUCCUCUGUGUUGGAGGGGGAAUGUGAACAUGAAUUAUGUCUUUGUGGAGCCCUCUGUGCCACCUCAAGAAGAGUUUUAAGAGUGUGAAAAUGAUAAGCUUUCAGCAAUUUUUUGGGCUAUAUAUUUUUGUUGUCUGUAUGAUUUAAAUGAUGUUGUAUAUACAAUUGUUGGUUAUUAAAGCCAAUAAAUGCUUAUUAUU